AUGAGUCACGUCGCGACUCCGGCGGACUCCGCGGGCGGAUCCAACGCGGCCACCGCCGACGACGGACACGGCGCGAACCUAAUCGCCGCCAACCCCGUCGCCGCGGCGGCGCUCGCGGGUCCGGGCGGCGCGCCGGCGCAACCCACGCCCGGCGCGGCGCCCCACCAUCACGCGCAUCCUCCCCCGUUCGCGUCCAACCCCCCGGGCCCCGCGCACGCGCUCCUGCACGACGCCGACGGUCAGGUCUGGAUCACGCCGACCAACGCGGCGUCGACCCAGGGAGGGGCCCAACCCCACCCCCUCGCCACCCCGCAGCCCGCGCAAUCGAUGCAAAACUCCGUCUUCACCGCCCGCCGAUGGGUGGAACGAGCCACCGGAUCGACAUCCACCGUCGGCCGCGGGGCGCACAGCGGAGGCGGCGAGGGCGUCGACAAGGAGGACUCCGCGGGCGACUCCAACACCGCGGCGGUGAGCGAGGGGACGCUCGGACCCGCGGACAGCACCCAGGCGCAGCACGUCAAGUCCGGGGGCGGAUCGCCGAGCCGAUCCGUAGGCGGCGAGGAGGUUGAGGGCGGGGGGUCGCAAUACAGCGACGGCGGCGGCUCGCUGAGGGGCGGCGAGGCGGUGGACUCGCACCCGGGUUUUGGCCGCGCGGUCGGUGGAAUCGGGGACGGGUUCGCGGAGGGUGGGGACCUCGGCGGAGCGUUCGCGUUUGGAGCGGCGACCCAGGGGGGCGGAGGAGGAUUGAACGAGAUUGGUUUAAACGAAACCAUCUCGUUCGUCCCGGGCGCGGGGGGGGGCGUUUCCGGUAACGGCUCGAGGCGCACGGACCGUCGUGGGGUUCGCGGCGGCGGUCGACGCGGCGCUCAAGGCGGUCGAUCGUCGUCCGGGAUGGGCGCGAACGAGCGCGACGCGCCGGUUCAGGUCGCCGGGGCGCCGGUUCAGGUCCAAUCCUUCGGCGCGCCCAAGCCCGCGGGGUCCGCGCUUAAAGGCGGUUCCGUCCUUCCGCCCGUGCCCCUGUUCAACGCCGCUCCCCCGGGCCACGUUCGCGGGAUCGACUCGCCGGUUCCCCCGGGCACCGCCGCGGCGGCCAGGGCGGCGCAGACGCAGGAGGCUGAGGGCGAGUGCGACGGCCUAACCAACCCGGGCGGCCUCAGCGGGAUGGACAUCGGCGACGGCGACGGCGGACCGGGGAUGGGAUACGUCGUCCCCGCGCACUCGGAGGAGCACGGGUACGCCCCCGCGUUGGCGUCCGGCGACAUGACCUACUCGGGCGACGGGGGGUACGUGUCCGGCGGCGGUAACAGCGGACCGGGGAGCAUCGGCGGCGGCGGCGGGCCGGGGAGCGGGCCGAACUCGGGCGCGCCUUCGUCGGGUGGCUUGGGGUCGGGCGGCGCCGUCGUCGGCACAGCCGGCGGCGCGCUGUUCGACUCGAAUCGUCUGAACUCGGGCGGGAACCAGCCCAGCGGUGGGUUCGAGUUUGGCAGGGCGCCGAACGUUCCCGCCGUCGCCGCGGUGAGCGGCGCGGGCGCGGUGGUCGGGUCGCCCUCUCUCGGCGGCGAUCCCUUCUCCGGGCCCGACGGGAGCGGCCGCGGGUUCAGCGGGGGCGGCGACGCGGCGGCCGGGGCGGCCAAGUCCCAGUUUUCCAACGGCGUGCCACCCGGCGGGUUCGUCUACCGGGACACCACGCAGCACGGCGGCAACCAGACGCUGCAGGGGCAGCACCGAGCCGUGUCCGGGUCUUUGGGUCACGUGUCCAUGCACAAAAACGGGCCGACGACGAUGGCUCGAGCGGUUGUCGAGGAUGGCGGGGACGACAGCGAGGAGGACGGGGAGGAAGGGGUGUCCCCGGCGUUCGUGCCCGAGGAUGGUGGCGGCGAGGAGAGUCCCGCGGACGUCGACAUGUGA